CGAACGGGCUCUACCUCAGGAAAUGACGUCAGUGCAGAGAAUAAUAUGGCGUCGGCAAUGGCUGUGGACUCUAUAGACAAACAGUAUUUUCACAUCCAGUUGAAAUAACGACAAAUUGAAGACGCGGGGGAUUCUAAAUGGAUUAUAAGGAAACCUCAGCGUUGCUUUAUUGUUGUCCUUUUUCUUGAUCUCGCAUAUAAACCCGCAACCCAUGUCAGAAGGUGCCAGGUCUGCCUGGGCAAAGAGGGGUUGUGGGGACUCGCAGCGCCGAGGUGUUUCUGAGAAGGGCGUUGUUAGUUUCCCCCGGGACACAAGGGCCACUGUCCUCUGAUUGGCUCGGAAUACCCCCUCUAACAUGCCCGUGGCCAAUCAGAGGUGUGUCAUGUCUGGGGGGGAGGUGGAGGUGUACCUGUCCCAGGUGCAUGAUGGCAGUGUGUCCUCAGGGUUCCGGGCGCUGUACGAGGAGAGGCUCCUAUUGGAUGUCACACUUCUGAUAGAGGAACACCACUUCCAGGCCCACAAGGCCCUGCUGGCGACCCAGAGUGACUACUUCCGGGUCAUGUUCACUGCAGACAUGAGAGAGAGAGACCAGGACAAGAUCCACAUGAAGGGGCUAACAGCUGCAGGCUUUGGCCACGUCCUGAGGUUCAUGUACUACGGCUCACUGGAGCUCAGCAUGGUCACCGUACAGGAGAUUCUGCAGGCGGCCAUGUAUGUCCAGCUGACAGAAGCCGUGGAGUUCUGCUGUUCCUUCCUGCUGUCUAAGAUCUGCCUGGAGAACUGUGCUGAGGUGAUGAGGCUACUGGAGGACUUCAGUGUUGGUGUGGAGGGUGUGCAAGAGCAGCUGGACAACUUCCUGCUGGAGAACUUUGUUCCCCUCAUGAGCAGACCUGACUUCCUGUCCUACCUCAGCUUAGAAAAACUCCAGGUUUACCUGGACAGCGAUGCCCUGAGUCGCUUCCCGGAGAUAGAGCUGUACGAGUCCGUCCAGGCUUGGCUACGACACGACCGCCGUCGUUGGAGACACACAGACAGCGUCGUCCAGUCUCUACGGUUCUGCCUCAUGACCCCGGCUAACGUCUUUGAGAAGGUGAAGACAUCAGAGUUCUACCGUUACUCUCGGCAGCUGCGCCAGGAAGUGGACCAGGCUCUCAGCUACUUCCAGGACGUCAACGACCAGCCUCUGGUUGACACGCGGUCCAACCGCAUCCGCUCGGUCCGGCCCCAGACCGCCGUGUUCAGGGGCAUGAUCGGACACAGCAUGGUGAACAGCAAGAUCCUACUGCUCCACAGGCCCAAGGUGUGGUGGGAGUUGGAAGGACCCCAGGUUCCCCUUCGUCCAGACUGCUUGGCCAUCGUCAACAACUUUGCCUUCCUGCUGGGGGGGGAGGAGCUAGGGCCUGACGGGGAAUUCCACGCCUCCUCCAAAGUGUACCGCUACGACCCUCGCCAGAACUCCUGGCUACGCAUGGCCGACAUGUCUGUACCCAGGUCAGAAUUUGCGGUCGGGGUCAUCGGCAAAUUCAUUUACGCCGUGGCUGGCCGGACGCGGGACGAGACAUUCUACUCCACGGAACGCUACGACAUCACGGCGGACCGCUGGGAGUUCGUGGACCCGUACCCCGUGAACAAGUACGGCCACGAGGGCACCGUCCUGAGCGGGAAACUCUACAUCACCGGGGGGAUCACCUCCUCGUCCACCUCCAAGCAGGUGUGCGUGUUUGACCCCGGCCGGGACGCGGGGGGAGGGGUGUGCGCGGCGGGCACUGCCGGGGCGGGGACCAUGGACACGCACCGGGCGCGUCCGGCCCGCACCCCGCUCUUGCCCGGCGCGCACCCGCACGCCAGCUGCUGGGAGAACAAGUCAAAGAUGAACUACGCCCGCUGUUUCCACAAGAUGAUCUCCCACAACGGGAAGCUGUACGUGUUCGGGGGCGUCUGCGUGAUCCUCCGGGCGUCGUUCGAGUCUCAGGGCUGCCCGUCCACGGAGGUCUACGACCCUGAGACCGACGAGUGGACCAUCCUGGCGUCGAUGCCCAUCGGGCGCAGCGGGCACGGCGUGGCGGUGCUGGACAGGCAGAUCAUGGUGCUGGGGGGCCUCUGCUACAACGGACACUACUCCGACUCCAUCCUGACCUUUGACCCAGAGGACAACAAGUGGAAGGAGGACGAGUACCCCAGGAUGCCUUGCAAACUGGACGGGCUGCAGGUUUGCACUCUGCACUUCCCCGAGUACGUCCUGGAGCACGUCCGGCGCUGCAGCUGAGGUCUGGUUCAGUUUGGACAUGCCCCCCUUUUAAGUCAGACUCCUCCCGUGGGCUGCAGGUUCGGGCCGAGCCAGGCAUGGGAAGACUGGUGUUUACAGGUGUGACACUAAUGCUCUAACGACACGGAAGCUUUUAGACUGGACGUAACAUUUAAUGGUGGUCUGUGCUUCUCACAGGCAGAAAUGGGAGCUUCGUGGGUGAUCAGCAGCGCUGGGAUAUUCAAGCUGAUCAUUUUCAAUAUAAGCUUUCUCAGAAAAAAAGGGGAAAAAUGAGAAAAUGUUUUUUCAUAAUUCAGAUGGUUUAUUUUGGACUGGGGUUAGUUUCAUAAUAUUGUUGUCAGUUUUUUUUUUAUUGGUAUGAUUCAGCAUAGUCAUCCAAUCCAUUUCUGUCUGUCUGUUCCCACCACAUUGUUUCAUGGUCAUGAGAUAUCACACAGUCUUUCCGUAACACAACCUCUCUAGACGGAGUGAGUGAGUGAGUGAGUGCGUGCGUGCGUGCGUGCGUGCGUGCGCGUGUGUGUGUGUGAAUGAGUGCGUGAGAGAAAAUAAGCACACAGAAUUGCGGUGCAUACAUUUCUGAAGGGUAAUUGUAUUGAUGUACUAAGAAGAGGAUGUUCAUGAUGAUUUAGCGUUGUCAUGACUACACUGCAAUAACACUGGUUCUGCUGAGUGAGAGGUCGCGUGAGGUCAACGGUCAGAGGUGACGACAGCAGUGUAAGGUUCCCUGUCUCUGGCAGUAAUGUAUGUAAGAUUACACUUUAUUUAUUUAUGUCAUCUCUGAGCGGUAAUGUGGCUGGCUACUGGCAGGUGUUUUACCAGGCAAAAGCAGAAACUCAGCCACAGAAAGGUACCAGAAACCACAUUUGAUUCAACCGAGAAAAUAAACUGUGAAUACGGAACAGAAUACAGAAAAAAAAGCAUGGCAUUCCUGACUCGGUACACCCAGGAAGUAACUAGUAUCUACUGUUACUGAUUUCUAAUCAUGAAUUGAUAUCUUAAAGUUUGAAGUUUUCUGUAACUUAUCAAUCCUACUGUUGUGAGUCCUGCCUGCCUGCCUGUCUGUCUGACAGAGCCAGCUGCAGAGUAGGAAGUAUCCCUACAAAACCUGCUUUCACAUAUACAGUCGUAACAUUGGGUAUGGUAAUUUAAACAGUUGCGUUUCAUCUUUUUAUAGGACAGGCAACACGUGUCUUGCUGCGCUGAUGGUCUGUUUUUGGUAGGAAGUUGUCCUGGAGGUAGUUUGUUUUGCCGCAGUGCCCAAGUAUUUAAUCCAACUGGAAGAUUCUACCACCACAGUCCAAACCAGAAACAGACACGAAUUUCAUGUUGUUUCUCGCUUAUCGUCACACCAAUUUGUCUUGCAAAUCGGCCUCCCAAUUCGGCAGGACUGAACUGGAAUGGAAUUUGACAGUUUCUCUGGAAUGCACCUCGCGAUGCAAGCAAUUACUAUUUCAUAAAAAACAUCCAACCGUUAAAGGCACCAUCUCGCGUUGACAACAUGUUGAUAUAAUGGUAGAGCCUAGGAUGGUGAUAAAGCUUGAGAGCUCUUGCUAGGUAUUAAGAUUAGGCCUUCUAUUGAUGGAAUGUCAUUCAUUACAUCAUUAAUUAAAUGGUUGAAUUCUAUGUAGAAACCUGCUCAUCAUAUUCUUCUUUUCAUGAGCAACAAUGAAAAGGGCUAAAGCACAUUCUUCUGCAGUCUGUCCAUCAGUCAUUUUUUUGUGUUUAUCCCAAAUCCACCAGGGCGCUCCAUGCGACUGGUUGGGAAGGAGAUGUUGGGUUGCAAUUCGCCAUAGUCCUUGUGAUGCUUGGAGAGGGAGAGAUUGCGUCGCACUUUCUCUGUUUUUAUGAUUCCUCUCUCCUUCCCUACUACGUAGCGUCCUAGUCACAACUCUCUUCGAUCAAACCCCUAGUUCAGUAUUUAUGCAGUAGCAUACAAACAGGCCUUUUACCCAUAAUCACGGAACAGUUUGUGGUACUGCAGGAAUACCAGAGACUGUUAACAUCACUGAGGCAGCUUAAAUGUGACGUGGUCUUCUGUCAACUCCCAUUUCCAUCUCUGUUUUGUGUCAAUGUAUAUUUUCUCAUGUGAAAAUAAGUGUCAACAUCAUGAACUUCAACACCCUGUUGGUGUUCCAGACCCACAAUAAAUCUACUUCUCGAUGAAAAAGUAAUAAUGGAGAGAAUCUCCAUUGACAUUUUUUUUUUGUAAUUCGAUGAAUGAUGUAUGUCUGGCACAGGCUCAUAUUAUGCCAAACCCAGUCUUUAAGCGGAUGUCUCCCUCUACAGGUGUGUAGGUACUACUAAAUGUGUAUGUACUACAGGUGUUUCGAUUUGGGACAUGGCCUGUCUGUCUAUCUGUCUGUCUGUCAUAGCUCAGCAUUUAUGAUCCUCAUCAGCCCUCAUUCUCGGUAGGAUAAAAUUAUAGAAUAUUGAGGACGAAAAAAUACCCUGUUGUACGAUGACUGUAUUUGGAAAAAGUAAACAAGAUAAUGUAUUUACUAUAAUCUCAGUAGACACUGCUAUUUGAAACUUUGUAAUUUCUAUCCAGAAAUAAAUGUUCAUACUGUUCAGCUUUUCAGCUUU